AUGACUGAAAGAUUGCGGGGGUGUAUAAUAAGAUUGUCCUCGUGUAAGUAUAGUAUAUCGAGGACAUUGAGAUUAAAUUCAAAAACUCCAUUUACACUUUCAUCGAAGAAUGAUUUUCAAGAGUCAACCAAAAGUAAUACACUUUAUGCUUUUUUGAAUCAAUUAAUCAAAACACAGAAGUUACAAUUUGUACCUGACCCCCUAGUAAACUCAACUAAAAUUGUAAGGCUAAUUACUAGCCAAAAGGAUAUCAAAGAUGAUUACGACCCUUGCUUAAAUUCACCAGAGACCUUGCCACUAACGUACAAAUUAAAGAAUCAAGAGGAUGUGAGUAAAAUAUCACGUUGGAGAAAGUGGCCAACUUUAGGGUUUCGUGUUGGUAAAAAACUACUGUUCUUAUAUAGGGAAUCAAUUAAGACUUCUUGGAUAUUAUGGAGACAACAUAAAAAUGUUGAUGUUCAUGAAGUGUUCAGACAAUUAGAGUUGAACAAUUUAAAACAAAUGUUUCCACAAUUAUCAAGAAAAAAAUUCGUUCAUGAUGUGCUAAGAUUUAGAGAGAUCUAUAAAUUACCUAAAUUUAUACUAUGUCUACUAUUAUUUGAAGAACUGACCUUUUUGUUAAUUUAUUUAAGACCACAACUGGCAUUAUAUCGUUGUUUAGGGAGUGGUGCAUUUUAUAAAUUAAGUAAAAAAUAUUCCAAAGGUGAUUAUAUUUGCAAAAUAUUAUGGGACCAAUCAAUAUCGAAACAAAAUCCUCAAAGAGAACCAUAUAAUACAGUAUAUUCCUUGACAAAUAAAGAUAAAUUACGUUUUUUACAGAAUUUGAUUAUAAACAAACAACCACGUUGGAAACUGAAGAUUUGGGAAUAUUUUAAUCAAACUAAUAAAUUGUCUAAUGAGAUUAAUACAUUAUUAAAGUACUUGAUUGUAGAUGACUGGCUAACUUUGAAAAGAAUAAUUGAAUCACAAAAUUCACAACAGGAUACAUCCAUUAAUAUUUCUUAUAAUGAAUUAGUCAAUUAUAUUAUGGAAAGACAACUUUAUUAUGCAAAUGAAGACUUGAAUUUGAUGGUAAAUGAUCCUAUAGAUAGGCAAGUUUUAAUAAAUAGAUUGAUAUGUUACUGGUCAUUUAAAUUUGAUGGUAUCAAUAUUAAAAAUGGUACCAUAGAUUUUACGAAUAAGUGGGGCGUUGAUAAUAUUAAUUUAUUUUAUUAUACAGGAACUGUUAAUAAAAGGGACGAUGAUAAAUUUAGUUUGAUCAAACGGGAACAUAUAAAUUAUUUUUAG